AUGCGACAAAUGUUCGGCGACAGCACUCCAACUGGCGGCGAAAGCUCGAAUUCACUCAGUGAAGCAACGCUCACUCAGGCACCUCGAACUCUGGAGGCAAGCACCAGCACCUCUCCAGCCCCUUUCUGCCAGACACCUUCGAGCUUGGGGCAACAUACACUCGAAGAAACGCCCCUGAGAGGCUCCAGCCUCUCUCCAGCUGCUGCUGCUGCUUCUACGUUGGCAGUUGGAAACAAUCACACUGCUCAUUUGGCUACCAGUUUGUCACUGGCCUCCACUCAUCAACACCCAAAUUGGCCACCUCCGGAACAGAUAGUUGACACCACACCGGCCCUGAUGUCGCCUGGUUGCCAGGGUCCAGCGCAUACACUUUCAGCUGCCAUGGAGACGGGUAGUACAGGCAAGACGGCUUCAAAAGGCGCUGAAGUCAAUUGCAACAAGUCUGUGUCGAGUGGGCCUAAUUCGAGGCAUCCUGGACAAGGACAUAGUUUUGGCAGUUCUCGAGGCUUCUCCGACUUGGUAAGCAUGUGUGAGAAGUGUGUCUCAAGUGGCGUAUUAUUAUGA